UGGCGUAAAAAGAAGCGCCUCAGCGCGCCGUUUUUUGGCUUGUCAACCGAAACCACGCAACAUUUUUCUCUGGAAAUAUUUUGUAAAAUCUAUCAAUUUCCUAAUGUGUUAUUCAAUGGAACGUGGGGAUAGAUGCGCCGUACAAAGUUAAGUGGUAUUGAAUACAAGUGAUUAAUUGAAACGGACUGAAAAUCGUUUUCCCACCGUGGUGACCCGCGAACUCACAACAUGCCUCUGUUAAAAAGGAAAGCAUUUGAGAAAUCAAAGGCGUCGGAGUACCUCAGGGAUGACGAUGAGGUCUUUCAUUGCGAGAUCACUGAUGAAAUUUUCAAAGAUUAUGAAGAAUACUGUGAGAGGAUCAUUCUCGUCAAUUCAAUGGUAUGGACAUGUGAGAUGACAGGGAAGAACAACUUGACAUACUCAGAAGCCCUUCACAGUGAGAGGACAGCACGGAGAGCUCUGAAGGAUUUCCCUAUGGAGCUCCGUAUACCCAUACUGUACCUAGCAAUGAGAACCAAGAGGUGUUCCUUUGCUGAGAUGUCUGAGGAUGUCUUUAAUUUUGUGAGGGACCGGUACUUUGUUGGAGAGACAGUGGAGGCCUGUCUGGAGGGAGAGGUGUGGAGAGAGGGUCAUAUACUCUCCAUAACCGCACAGAAACAGCACCCAGACAGCAAAACAAUGUUACCAUCUACAGCAUACUGCUACGAAGUGGAACAGUAUCAUGAAAGUGACCCCUCCGCGUCAGGACAGAUAGGCACAGCGCCGUCAGAUCGCGUGCGCAGGCGCAAGGGAGUCUACACGCGCGAUAAGAACCGCCUCUUCCUCAAACAGUUUGUUGAAGGCGGUUCCGAUGGUGUUAUUUCUAUUAAGAAAUCAGCACAAGAAAAGUACAAUAUAAGCAAAGUAAGCUUUGACCAAAUAUUCACGGGCAACCCACCGGUGUUCCCAUCAUCUAAGAAGCUCCUAAAGUCACCACCAGCUUCCAAAGGUCCAGCUAAGCCAGGGUCUGCCUCCAAACUGACUAAGACCGUCAAGAAACCCAGCCCUGAUAAGAAGGGACGUCAGGAGUCCAUGGACAAAUUUGUGAAGAAGACAGAUAAAGCUGAAGCACAAAAGAACAAGCCUCCAAUGGACCCGGCAGCUAAAAAGAGUGCGCAAGAAAUGGCGGAGAAGAUGCGCAAAGCAGAAGAUUUGAUGCGACAGCGCAAGGAAGAGGAGAGGUUGCGUAAAAAGGAGAAGACUGCACGACUGCAGGCCUACAUGAAGGAGUGGCAGAAAGUUAAAGAUGAUAUAGAACUGGAGGACCACAAAGUGUUACCAACUGGUACUCUGGUAGAAGUGGAAGGGAUACCACAUGAACACUUUGGUGACUUCCUCUCAGUUCUGGAGUUUGUCCACCAAUACUCCGAGAUCCUCAAGGUGAAGGAUGUAUUCCACAACCAGCAACUAGACCUGGAGACGUUCAGGAAGGCUCUGACACAGAAGGAGCAUGCUGGCCUGUUCAGUGACCUGGUGCAGAUGUUCUUGACUACCGUGUUCUCCUUGCAAGAAGAUGAAGCUGAGGAGUAUAAUGAGAAUGGAAGGAUACAACUGUCUACUGGUGAAGAGGACAAAGAAACAGACACUGAGAUGGGUGUGACGAAGGCGAUGGAGCUGGCGACUAAAGCCAGCAAAUGGUCACAGACAUACCUCGGCACUCCGCUCAGCAAACUGCCUCUUGACCCCACCACAGUCAGCGAAGUUUUGAGACUGCACCUGCUGUCGUCGGGCGCGGGCCCGGGCGGGCGCUGCGCGACGUGGCGCUACCAGGCGCGCGGCGGGUACACGAGCGCGGACGACGCCGGCCUGCGUCUGCGGGUGCAGCAGCCCGCGCUACUGCACGCGCUGCACUCCACGCAUAUCGCGGAUUUGUCACUCGAGGACAAGUUCCUAGUGCUCCAAUGCCUAAUGAACCAGAUCCUGAGUUACGCCACAUUGAGAGACGUCAUUGAAGAAAGACUUGAAGAAAUGAAGAACACCAAACAAGCUCUCAGACUGUUACAAACAAAUGAAAGGAAACGCGAAGCUCAGUUGAUAACAGCAAAACAAGAGAUCCGUAAAGAGGCAUUUGCUAAGAAGGAAGAGAAUAAGCUGACCGGAGAGAAGGCAAGGGCAGUGGAUGAGGAGAUGAAGGCAGCCAUAGACAAACUGAUAGCAGAGAGUGAGGAGAAGAAAAAGCAGUAUGAGAAGGAGCUGAAGGGGCACCAGGAGGAGUUGUUUGAGUAUACUACUUAUGUUGGGUCGGACCGCGCGUUCCGGCGCUACUGGGUGUGCCGCGCGCUGGCGGGGCUGUUCGUGGAGGCGGGCGCGGAGGCGCGCGGGGCGUGCCGCCACAAGCCGGUGUCGCCCGCGCCGCACGACGCCGCCGACACGCUGGCGCACGUCGCCAAGCUCUUCGAGCAGCAGAAGGAGAGAGCAGGAAGCGACAAAGAGAACGAAUCCGGUGCAACCUCCCGCGGCAGUUCACCUAAGAAGCCAUUGUCCAAUCUCAAUGGUAUCAGUCAGAAAAUGAAUGGCACAGUAUUGGACUCCACUACCCAACAACUGCAGGACCUGCUCAUGUGCACUGGAGAUAUCACCACCUGUCUCGUACAUGGAAAGAGCCUCCGCCCCCGUUGGUGGGUGUUCCACACGGCGGAGCAGUUGUCUGCGCUGACGGCGGCGCUCAACAAGCGCGGCCUGCGGGAGGGCGACCUGCGCCAGGCCCUGGACCAGGACAAGGACAGGAUACUUACACACAUCGCCAAGUGUCCACUGCAUCUACUCAACCCCACUGCCGCGCCUGCUCCCUCCGCGCCGACGGUCCACUACGGCACCCGCCACCGCAAGUUCCAGCCGUCACUGAAUGUCCCAGCAGACAGUACACUGUCUGAAGCACUGGAGCUGUCUCUCAGGGACCAUAUACUUGAGCUGGAGGAGAAGAUCUUCCAUGGACUACUCGGGUCACUCAAAGUUAAGGACCGCGAGGCAUGGCGCGGCACUAUAAUGCUGCGCGGCUACGACAAGCAGGCCGAGUACCUCACCUGGGGACCGGACAACCAGUACAGGGACGACUACCAUCUACCCAAUGGAGUGCUCAAACUACCCAACGACAUAGAAGAAUCAGACAUGAAAACUAUAGCAAUAAACAAAUACCGCGACCCCGGCUACUACUUGGAGGCGCCCAAAGUGAAUGGUGUCAAGAAGGAGCCUCCGGAGCCCGGGGCCAAGCCCGAAGUGGUCCGGGGCCUCGCGUCCGCACUGCUGCAAGUGUCACAAGCUAUAAACCACAAGUACCUGAAACGACCACUCGGCCUCGACGAUAAGGAAAGAAAAGACAGAGAAGCGAGGAACAAGUCUUUAGACCUGGAAGCUCUUCAGCGCUGGGAGGUAUCCCUAAUGGAGUGCAAGAGUUUCUCCCAGAUUAUGCUGCACCUGUUCACACUGGACUCCAGCGUCACCUGGUCCGCCAGUAUACUGAACACCAGCUGUAGACUGUGUCGAAGGAAGACGGAUCCUGACAAUAUGCUCCUCUGUGACGGGUGCAAUAAGGGACACCAUCUGUACUGCUUGAAGCCUAAACUCACUAAAGUGCCAGAGGGCGACUGGUUCUGCGACGUGUGCAAGCCUAAGGAGAGGACUCCGCGGAAGAGGAGGAAACUCUACACUGAGGAAGUGGAGCAGGAGGAAGCUAAUAGCAGUGACUCGGAGUGCGUGGACGCGGGCGUGUGCGCGUGCUGCGGCAGCGGCGGUCGUCUGGGCGCGACGUGCGCGGCGUGCGGCGCGCGCUACCACCCCGAGUGCGCGCGCCCGCGCCCCGCCCGCGCCGCGCGACGCUGGCUCUGCGCCGCCUGCCUGGCGCCCGCGCGCGAGACGAGCAGUCGCCGGUGCGCGGCCGCGGCCACCGCGUACAUCAACAGCUACAGUCGCAUGGCGAGACACACGGACUCCUUCGAUUCGGAUGACAGCGAAUAUAAUGUAGCGCUGGUGAAACUGGCCAAACCAGGGAGAGCCAGUAAGGAAUCCUCGCCAGUACACAAUGGAAAGACCAAGAGAGGACGGAAAUCAAAGAAUCAGGAUCAAGAAACCACGAAUGAAAGGCACACGACGGGCAGAAGAUCGAAGAACUCACUCACGAAUGGACAUCACGAGGAGCGAAGCACUAAGAAGCGCAGCAGUAGGCUGACGCAGCUGCAUACAGAGGCGCUGCAGUCACUGCUGCGGGACGUCAUGAAGCAUAAGGACUGCUGGCCCUUCUAUGAACCUGUCUCACCUGAAGAUGUGCCCGACUACUUGGAAGUGAUAGACCAGCCGAUGGACUUCUCAACGAUCCGCGACAAGCUGGAGUCGGCCCAGUACGUCACGGACGAGGACCUGCUGGCUGACGCUGCGCUCGUCUUCCUCAACUGCUACACGUACAACAAGGACUCGCAUCCUGUCGCCAAAGCUGGCAACCGCCUAGAAAAGUACAUGAACAAGCGCUGCGUGGAGCUAGAGCUGCCAGCGCUGCCAGAGAUCAGGCUGCAGGAGGACGACGCGUCUUCAAAGAGUAGCAAGCGACCCUCGCCCUCCGAGGACGAAGACGCGCCGCUACCCAAGCGAGCCAAGCUCAAGUGACCUGCACCCUCCCACCUCGCUGAUUUUGUCACAUACUGAGGCUAGUGAUUAAUAAUUAUACCCCUUAACAUAACUACGUAAGGUCCCAUUUUAAUAGGAAUGAUGAUAAAAGGGAAAAUUAAAUAUGAUCCGUCUGAUAGGUUAAUUUAAAAGAUUAGAUACGUAUAUUUUCUUUUCCUACAGAAUAAACAACUGUCGACGGUAUAUCGACUCGAAAUAGCGCGUGACAUCACUUCUAUGUAUAAGUUUUACUUAGGUGUGACGUAGCGAGCAACUAUU